UUUUUCAAUUCAAAAGCUCCAAGAAAUCAAAUAAUGGCACAGAUGUAAAUGCAGGUCAAAUCCCCCAGCUACUGUAUAGACUACCUACAAGUGAUGGGAGUGCUGCUAAAGGAAAACAGCAAGUCAGUGAACCAGUGCAUAUCCUGAAGAGAUCAUUUGCUCGAUCCGUUUCAGUGGAGUGUUUUGAAUCCCUGCUGAGUAUUUUGCACUGGAGUUGGACCACGUUGGUAUUAGGCGUAGAAGAGCUAAGAGGGUUAAAAGGCUUUCAGUACACGGCAACCCUGCUGGACUUGGAGAGAUUGCGUUUUGUUGGGACUUGCUGUCUGCGACUUUUGAGAGUCUACACGUGUGAGAUAUACCCUAUAUCAGCCACAACUAAACCAGUCAUAGACGAAACAACCAAACUGGCUGAAUGCAUCGGAAAGACAAGGACAUUGCUAAGGAAAAUCCUUUCGGAAGGUGUGGAUAACUGUAUGAUGAAACUGGACAAUGAUCCCCAAGGUUAUCUGAGUCAGCCAUUAAGCCUUCUGGAAGCUGUUCUUCAGGAGUGUCAUAACACCUUCACCGCCUGCUUCCAUUCCUUUUACCCCACACCAGCACUCCAGUGGGCAUGUCUCUGCGAUUUACUGAACUGCUUGGAUCAGGACAUCCAGGAAGCAAAUUUCAAGACCUCAAGCAGUCGCCUGCUAGCUGCAGUUAUGUCAGCUCUCUGCCACACUUCUGUGAAGCUUACUUCAAUUUUUCCCAUUGCUUAUGAUGGUGAAGUUCUGCUACGUUCCAUGAUCAAGCAGGUCAGCACAGAAAAUGACACUGCACUGGCACAUCGCUUUCCUCUGCUGGUAUCCUGCAUGGAAAAGCUAAGUCAGAGUGAAGAAAAUGUUUCUGGAAUGACCAGCUUUCGGGAAGUUCUGGAGAAGAUGCUGGUUAUUGUCGUUCUACCUGUAAGGAACAGCUUACGCAGGGAGAAUGAGCUCUUCUCAUCACACCUGGUUUCUAACACUUGUGGUCUUCUGGCCAGCAUAGUCAGUGAAUUAACAGCAUCCGCCCUUGGAUCUGAGGUUGAUGGAUUAAACUCCCUGCACUCUGUGAAGUCCACCCCUAAUCGCUUCACCAAGACUAGCCAGGGCCGGAGCUGGAACACAGGGAAUGGCUCACCAGAUGCCAUCUGCUUCUCAGUGGAUAAACUUGGUGUGGUGGUUGUUGGCUUCUGUGUGUAUGGUGGAGGGGGGAUCCAUGAGUAUGAGCUGGAGGUUUUAGUAGAUGAUAGUGACCACUCCGGUGAUGCCGGACACUCUCAUAGGUGGACAUCAUUAGAGCUUGUAAAAGGCACUUACACAACUGACGAUUCUCCCAGUGAUAUUGCUGAAAUUAGGCUCGAUAAAGCUGUGCCCUUGAAGGAAAACAUGAAAUAUGCCGUGCGCCUGAGAAAUUAUGGCAGCCGCACAGCUAAUGGGGAUGGAGGAAUAACCACCGUUCAGUGUCCAGAUGGUGUGACGUUUACUUUCAGUUCCUGCAGUUUGAGCAGCAAUGGUACAAACCAAACCAGAGGGCAGAUCCCACAAGUUUUAUACUACAGGAGUGAGUACGAUGGAGACCUUCAGUCUCAGCUAAUGAGUAAAGCCAAUGAAGAAGACAAAAACUGCAGCCGGGCACUUUCCGUGGUAAAUGCUGUAACGAGAGCUGCUAAGGACCUGUUACACAGAGCACUUGCUGUUGAUGUUGAUGACAUUCCAGAACUGCUUAGUUCUUCCAGUCUAUUUUCUAUGCUGCUUCCACUUCUGGUAGCUCAUAUUGGACCAGUUGCAGCUGCAAUUCCAAAGGCUGCUGUGGAGGUUUUUGGCCUUGUGCAACAAUUACUACCAUCCGUUGCAGUUUUAAACCAGAAAUAUGCACCUCCGCUCUUCAACCCAAAUCAGUCCACGGACAGUACAACUGGUAAUCAGCCAGAGCAGCUCUCUGCAUGUACUACCUCCAGUCACUACGCUGUGGUGGAAAGCGAACAUCCCUACAAAGCAGCCAGUGUAAUGCAAUACAAGGUGUCUUUCCCAGAGUGUGUUAGAUGGAUAUCAGUGGAGUUUGAUCCACAGUGUGGCACAGCGCAGUCUGAAGAUGUUUUGCGCCUCAUGAUCCCAGGGCGAAAUGCUCAGAUCUCAGGUUUUGGACCAAAGUUUCCUGUUCAUGAAAGCCUUAAUUCCUGGGUUGAACUAAAGAAAUUUUCUGGCUCCUCUGGGUGGCCGACUGCUGUUUUAAUAUUGCCAGGAAAUGAGGCUUUGUUCUCUCUUGAAACUGCAUCGGACUAUGUUAAAGAUGAAAAGGCCUGUUUUUACGGCUUCAAGUGUUUUGCUAUUGGAUAUGAAUUUAGUCCAGGAACUGAUGAGGGGAUCAUUCAGCUGGAGAAGGAGUUGGCCAACCUGGGAGGCAUAUGCGCCGCUGCCUUAAUGAAAAAAGAUCUUGCUCUCCCAAUUGGGAGUGAAUUGGAGGAAGACCUAGAAAUUGUUGAAGAGGCAGCCUUGCAGGUGUGCAAAACGCAUUCUGGGAUUCUGGGCAAGGGCCUUGCUCUGUCACAUUCUCCAACCAUUCUGGAGGCCUUAGAGGGAAAUCUACCACUGCAAAUACAAAGCAAUGAGCAGUCCUUUUUAGAAGACUUCAUCACAUGUGUGCCUGGAUCAAGUGGUGGAAGACUGGCAAGGUGGCUUCAACCAGACUCCUAUGCUGACCCACAGAAGACUUCAUUAAUUCUUAAUAAAGAUGAUAUCCGAUGUGGUUGGCCCACUACCAUAACAGUACAAACAAAAGAUCAAUAUGGGGAUGUUGUUCAUGUCCCAAAUAUGAAGGUGGAAGUGAAAGCUGUCCCUGUGUCACAGAAGAAGACUUCCCUGCAGCAAGAGCAAAUAAAAAAACUUCCCCGGAUACCAGGCAGCCCAUCGUCUUCUGCAUCCUCUGUCACGGAUAUGACUUUUGGUGGCCUUGCAUCGCCUAAGCUUGAUGCUUCCUAUGAACCCAUGAUUGUGAAGGAAGCACGUUACAUUGCAAUCACAAUGAUGAAGGCUUAUGAAAGUUACUCAUUUGAAGAACUUCGCUAUGCCUCACCAAUGCCCAAAAGGCCAAGUGAAAAUAUGUUAAUUAGAGUCAACAAUGAUGGUACCUAUUGUGCAAACUGGACUCCUGGUGCCGUCGGCCUUUAUACGAUACAUGUUACCAUAGAUGGAAUAGAGAUUGAUGCAGGUCUAGAAGUCAAAGUAAAAGACCCACCAAAAGGAAUGAUACCACCUGGGACACAAUUGGUAAAACCAAAAGCAGAGCCUCAACCUAACAAGGUUCGCAAAUUUGUCGCCAAGGACAGUGCAGGGCUUCGCAUUCGUAGCCACCCCUCCCUUCAGAGUGAGCAGAUAGGCAUAGUGAAAGUCAAUGGAACCAUCGCUUUUGUUGACGAGAUCCACAAUGAUGAUGGUGUGUGGCUGAGGCUGAAUGAUGAGACAAUAAAGAAGUAUGUUCCUAACAUGAAUGGUUACAAUGAAGCUUGGUGCCUGUCUUUUAAUCAACAUCUCGGCAAGAGUCUCCUGGCUCCUGUUGAUGAGCAGCUAGGAAAUGCAGAGGAUAUGCUAAAAGACUUAACUGUACGGUGUACCCAAGAAAUGACCAUGCGAGAGCAUGAAGUCCCAGUACUCAGGGGCGGGCCAGGAUUCUACAAGGUAGUGAAAACUGGGCCAUCCGGUCAUAACAUCAGAAGCUGCCCAAACCUAAGAGGUAUCCCAAUUGGAAUGUUAGUACUGGGAAACAAAGUCAAGGCUGUCGGCGAGGUGGUCAGUUCAGAAGGUACAUGGGUGCAGCUUGACAAGAACAGCAUGAUAGAGUUCUGUGAGAAUGAUGAAGGCGAGGCAUGGUCCUUGGCUAGAGAUGCUGGUGGCAAUCAAUAUCUCCGUCAUGAGGAUGAGCAAGUUUUGGAUCAGGGCUCUCAGACUCCCCCUCCGAGCCCAUUUUCCGUUCAGAUAUUUCGCCGGAGUACAAGUGGAAACAUCAUUCCAGGAUUUGAUUAUGGCCUUGGAAAUAACAAAGGUAUAUUUUUACCUAACAAAUAA